GGUUUCUCAGCACGGGUGAUCAGGCAGCAAAAGGAAACUACGGCCUGCUGGACCAGAUUCAGGCUUUACGUUGGGUGAAGGAGAACAUCGCAGCUUUUGGUGGAGAUCCCAACAGGGUCACAGUGUUUGGAUCUGGUGCCGGAGCUUCCUGUGUGAGCCUGCUGACCUUGUCCCACUACUCUGAGGACCUUUUCCACAGAGCCAUCAUCCAGAGUGGCAGCGCUUUAGCCAGCUGGGCUGUCAACUAUCAGCCAAGCAAGUACGCUCGACAGCUCGGCGAGAGGGUGGGCUGUGGCAUUGACGACAGCAGUCAACUGGUUGCCUGCCUCCAGGGCCGGAGUUACCGUGAACUCGUGGAGCAGAACAUAACUCCGGCCAAAUAUCAUACAGCUUUUGGGCCCGUGAUUGAUGGCGAUGUUAUACCUGAUGAUCCCCAGAUUCUGAUGGAGCAGGGAGAGUUUCUGAACUAUGAUGUGAUGCUGGGGGUAAAUCAGGGCGAGGGGGUGAAGUUCGUGGAGGGCGUUGUGGACUCAGAAGAUGGCGUCACCGCCGAAGACUUUGACAUCGCCGUGUCAGACUUUGUGGAUAAUUUGUAUGGAUACCCAGAAGGCCGAGACACACUGCGGGAGAGCAUAAGGUUCAUGUACACAGACUGGGCUGAUCGUGACAAUGCAGAAACCCGCAGGAAGACACUGGUAGCACUUUUUACAGACCACCAAUGGGUGGCACCAGCAAUAGCCACAGCUGAUCUCCACGCUCAGUAUGGGUCUCCGACCUACUUCUACUCCUUUUACCACCACUGCCAGAGCGACGCCACGCCACCGUGGGCUGAUUCUGCUCAUGGUGAUGAGGUGCCCUAUGUUUUUGGCGUGCCCAUGGUGGGUCCCACUGAUCUGUUCAACUGUAACUUCUCCAAGAACGACGUGAUGCUGAGCGCAGUGGUCAUGACUUACUGGACCAACUUUGCCAAAACUGGAGAUCCAAACCAGCCAGUUCCUCAAGACACUAAAUUCAUCCACACAAAGCCGAACCGCUUCGAGGAGGUUGCCUGGUCUAAAUACACCCCUAAAGAGCAGCUGUACCUCCACAUUGGUCUCAAGCCUCGUGUCAGAGACCACUACCGUGCCACCAAGAUCUCCUUCUGGCUCCAGCUGGUCCCUCACUUGCAUCACAUCAACGAGCUCUUGCUGCCCAUGUCCCCCUACACCCACAGCCCCUCUCCACAAGACGACACUCCCUUUUCCUACACCAAGCGUCUGUCCAAGGGUUGGCCUCCUAUCAGUACGCGUCACCCAGGUUCCCAGGGAGGCACUCCUCAGCCACCGGAUUCACCUUUGGGGCAGGAUGGUGGAGAAGAGGGCGUUCGUGUCCCAAAAGAGGACUACUCCACUGAACUGUCGGUGACCAUCGCUGUCGGAGCCUCGCUGCUGUUUCUCAAUAUACUUGCUUUUGCAGCCCUGCUUUACAAGAAGGACAAAAGGCGCUURGAGCAUCGAAGGCCACGCCCACUCCCUCCUCCUCGACGGGACAUUACGCCUGCAGAUGUUGCAGCUCAUCUGCAGGGGGAAGGACUCAUGUCAUUACAGGUGAAGCAGCUGGAGUGUGACGUAGCCUCAGCGGACGAGAGAAACAACGCUCACCACCAUCACACUUUGGACACCCUGGAUGCUCUGGACGGUUUGGACACCCAGGACAUCUACAGCACACUGGAUACCGUGCGCCUCACUUGUCCGCCCGAUUACACCCUCACCUUGCGCCGCUCGCCGGACGACGUUCCCCUCAUAACCUCCUUGACCCCAGGCUCGCUGCCCGUGACCCCGGGGUCGCACCCCGUUACUCCUGCGACACCAAUGACCCCCAUGACGCCCGGAUCGGUGGUUGGGAUGAGGAUGGGGCACCCUCACCAGGGAUACACACACCACAGCCCAUAUAGUAAUACACACUUACCACACACACACAUCUCCACACACACACACUCCACCACACGCGUAUAACCGCAGCCAGAUGCUAGUACAUACACGGACAGAGUUAAAGCUCACACUCCAACACACUUAUUCUCACACACACGCACACACACACRUGAAACMGACUGAAAUACCUCUACUAAUUACCCUGCAGGAUUGUUACAGAUGGAUCAGCAGCGAGACAUUUUUCAGGAACAGGAUGAAAAGGCAGACAUCUGUGUGUUGCAUGUUGGGGGACUGUGUACAAACCGGAUCCCCGGAGAUGCAUCUCAUAACCCCGAUGAGUCAAGAAAUCCAUGCAAAGUGUCUCAAGAACCUGCUUUGGACUUUCAAUCAGCUUUUUCUACACUCGAGGAGGAAGACGACGAGCGCUUUCGCAAAAGUUUCGGCUACGGCUCACUUUUUUUUCCUGCACCUGAGCGGCCGAGGGGGGGGGGGACCGGAGGAGUUCAGGUGCAGACGUCUGAAAUGAGCUGAGAGCGUAACCACACACCGACUGCUGAUGUCAACUUGAACAACCUGUUAAAAUGUGAAUGUAGCAUUUUUCCCCYCCAUUAAAAAGAUCAAAGGUCCUAUCUGCCAAGAAUCCAAGCUGAGAACAUUUUAGCAAGCGAUGGAUGUAAAAAAAAAGAGAGAAACAUAAAGAGGAAAAAAAGGAUUAAAAAGACAACACUAGCUGAAAGAAAAGAUAGUCAGAUAGCAUAAAAAAAGAUAAGGAUUUUCUUGAGUUGGAGAAGAAAAACGAAACGAGACGAAGCGAUAAGAAAAAAAAUCAGCGUGGAAAGUGCUCGGAGAGACAGAAGUUAGGUUCAGCAGAAUGAAAAGGGCCUCUGAAGUGUUGCCAGAUUCACUGAAGAAUCACUCUAACCAGCUACGUGUCAAACUCUUGUAAAUAGAAUUGAGAUACAGAUGAUAUAUUAUGAUUUAUAGAAUUUACCUGCUCUUGCAUUAAAAUUAUUUAACCACAUUAUUGCUUUCAUUUCAGAUAUUAAUAUAUUGUUGUAUAGAUGUCCUAAAGCAAGGCUGGUUGUCUUUCUAUCUCACCUUCUUGUAAUAUGUACACAGUACCCCAAUUUAAAGUUACAUUUGCUAUGCACCGACAUUUCAGUGUUUUAAACUAUGUGAGCAUUUAGGUACUUGUUUAGCAGUUGAAGCAUUUUCACACCAUCCUGCCUGUUUUAUUUGACUUUUCUAUUUUUCUUUUUUUUAAACUUUGGACAAUGAGCUAGUACUGUGUAGAUAAUGCAAUAAUGGUUUGAUGAUUGAGCACCAGCCAAAAACUACAAAGUCUUUGAACUUAACCUCUUGUUCCUGAUUUUCCCUCCCCCAAUGUUUUACCCUUUUUAAAAAAACCCAGCCCUUUAUAAUUAAUGGCAAACAAACAGACAGACAGGUUGGGAUGAUUAAUGGGGUCCUAGAUUACAGAAUGUCUCAAAAAUUCAAGGAUGCGUUCUCUUUUUUUCUUUACGUUUUAUAAAUUCUGUCUUCACAAGAGACCCCCGUGUCUUACUGAGCUACUUAAAUCUUUUUCCCAAACCCCGGUUAAAACGAGUUUGUCUGGUUGAACUGAAUUUAUAACGGCACACCCUUUCUCUAAAGCUCGUAUUUUAAAGCGUGGAGGUCGGUUUACUUCCUGUGACCAUGGUUUGGGUCAAGAUUUGAUUAAUGAGUUGGUCUUUGGUUGUAAAUGAAAAAAGAAGUCGCCGUAGCUUUGUGAGGUAAUGCGAGGGACUCGACAUUACGGGCAAACGUGGCUCCAAUAUGCUGCUUUUCAUGCCUUAAUAUCCUCCUAAAGGAGCAAUAUUAGUUUUGUUCUAAUUUUGCCAAGACACACAUUAAAUGAAAUUAAAUCUAUUAUUCAAAUCUAAACUACUUUCUUGAGAGCAUAAUGGCUUUACUGUGGUUUUUACAGCUGACUUCACUGUGAGUCAAUCAGGGCCAUGGUAGUUACUGCUUCUUGUCAAUAAAACAAGAUAUCAAUUAUUUAAAGAGGCCAUUCCAAACAAAUCCCAUUGAUAAGUAUUUAAGAUGUGGUGCUAAAAUGGAAACUACAAAAAGCUUUUAUUUAUGCUCCAACUAGCCCAACGAUGGCGAGUCCAUCAAAAGGCCCAAACAAUGAAACGCUUCUAUUCUUGUAUUUUCCCAACUUUCCCUUUGUACCAAUUCACCGCCUUCCUUUCCCCUCCCAGUCUCAACUGUGUGACCACAUGCAGCUUUGUCACAGUGAGGCCUAUUUAACCUCUUCUCACAAAGUAACUUCUUCAUGAGAGUUUUUUUUUCUUGAAAGUCAGUUAACAGAAUAUGUGAAAAACUGAAGCUGAACAUUUUGUGGCAAGCAAAGACGUUUUAGAAAAAUGACACAAAAAUGACAUUUAAAGGAUGUUUGACUGAAUAUAAUAUAUAUAUAUAUAUAUAUUUUUUUUUCUUUUGGGUUUUACCGUCUCAGCGGAUGGCUGGAUUGUGACGAGCCUAAAACAUUUCUGCUGCAUUUUUGAAAAAUAAAAAUAUCAGUAUUUUACAAUUUA